AUGUCCUCUUUAGACACAACCAUUCCCAACGGCUCUUGGGUUCUUGUAACUGGCGCCACUGGAUUCCUCGCCUCCCACAUCGCCCUCCAGUUCCUGAAGCGUGGCUUCCGAGUCCGAGGUGCCGUUCGAGACGUUAAUAGAGCUUCAUGGCUUCUUGAAGGUCCCUUCAAAUCCUACGCAGAAGGCGGUGCCAUCAAGCUAGUAGCUGUGCCCGACCUCGGGGCUGAUGGAGCCUACGAUGAGGCCGUCAAGGGCGUUGCUGCUAUUUUGGAUACAGCCUACGUGACCAACAUCGUCCCUGACCCCAACCAAGUGAUUACCCCGGCAGUAAACGGCAUCAGGUCUAUCAUGAACGCAGCCAUGAAAGAACCAUCCGUGAAAAGGAUCGUGUUUACUGGCAGCGCCGUGUCUGCUUCAGCUCUGACUCAGGACAUUGACAACGGCACUAUCGGGCGCGACUCAUGGAACGACGCCGCCCUCGAGGCUGCCUGGGCCCCGCCCCCUUAUGGAUUAUCCCACGCCAUGGCCAAUUAUGCCGCUAGCAAAGUUGCUGCUGAGAAGGAAGUGUGGAAGUUUGUGCAGGAGAACGAUCUUCCUUUCACGGUCAACGUUGUGUCCCCCGCGGGACUGAUGGGUGAACCCCUCACCAAGGCUCACAUUGACGGACCGGCCAACUGGGUUGCUCACGCCUUCAGAGGCAAUACGCAGGUCAUGGACCAAAGGCUUGCUUCCUUCCUUAGUGAUGUGAAGGACGUGGCAGCGAUACAUGUUGGAGCCACUCUGGAUCCCGAGAUCAAGAAUGCGCGUUUGCAGUCCUGGGGACAUAGUAUCCACUGGAACGAUGUCUUGGCUAUUCUCCGCAAGAUUCGCCCACAGAAGCAAUUCAUUGACGACUACCCUGACCCUCAACAUCUGAAGAUAUCGGUCGACCAGUCGGGCUCCAUCGUUCUCCUAAAGAAGUGGUCUGAUAAGGAUGGAUGGACGCCGUUGGAGGACGCUGUCCUUGAAAACAUCAAUAACCAGUACUUGGUUGAUUAG